AUGUUACUCGAACAUUGUCGAACGGCUCCCCUAAUCCCACAACCCGCCCCCGCGUUACAUGCAAGUAAUUCAACUGGUGAUCUCUUUGAUUCUGGUGGUGGUUUCCCUAACUACUCUUCAUCCUCCAUCAAUAAUCAUCGCGCUGCCUCAACCAUUGCGCCCCCCUUCAUGUCUCCCUCCUCUAAUUCCCUCACUUCCAACUCUUCUUCCACUUGGAAUAGCAACAACGUGGGGCUGAAGGUGUUCGAUCCGAUGGCGAAAUCUUUGGGUAACACCACACCAAUAGCUACCAACAAUGGUCCUGUAGCUGGUGGGGCUCGAGCCCUGGCGUCUCAUUUCGAGACUCGGGCGGCUCCACCUUCUGGACCACCAAUUCCACCAAGACCUCUGAUGGAUUACGGUGACCUCUUCUGUCUCACUGUUCUAUAA